GAAACGCCCCCCAGGGAAGCCGCACGGUUGCUGCUCCAACUUGCCCGCAAGGGAAGAAGGACAACGAGCGACACGCCCACAGGGGAGGAACUCCGAGACUGUGCCCGAUAAGAACAAUUACUGCUGCUGUUGCUAGGCAGAAGCGGAGGAGAAAGAAUGUUUCAGCAGCGAAGUUGCGGGCUACGAAGAAGGCUCGAGCCGCCGCUCGCUCAGCGGACGUCCCUCCUGACUCAGGCGCAGCGCCCACAGCCUCGGAGGCUUCAGGGGACGUGGUAGCUACUGACAGAGGUGCUUCAGAAGCCAGUGACACCUGGGAGGUGCUCACUACGACUCGGGAAGUCCGAUCGGUGCUCGGCCUGGCCGUUACCACUGUACCAGAGUAUGCAGCUCAUACAGAAGUUGGGUUUGAGGCUUGUACAGCAAAGAAAGCUUCAACAGAGGCCGUGAAGACGCCGCUGGAGGCUCUACAGGUUGUAGCCGAGACGAGGGAGGCCACUGACCAUCCAAAUAGUGCCACCGACUGGUCUACUACCACCGAUCGUUUGUCUAGCGGUACCGACCGAAAAUCAGCCACCAACCAACCGACUAGUAAUACCAAACGGACUACUGUCACCGAUCAGAUGUCUAGUGAUACCAAACGAACGACAGACUGUGUGUACGAGACAUGGGUGUGUAGAAUUUGUACGUUUAACAACACUGAGUCGCAAACUCGAUAUGCGAGUUGCGCAUUGCACCGUGCCAUGACCGUAAUUGACCAAGUCACCAGUGAUACGGUCAACGACGAUACAAUCGAUGAAUCGUCUGCUACAACUGACAGUGUGGUUACUGCAACCGACUCUGCGUCCAAUGUGACCGACUGUACGACUACUGCGACCAACCAGUUAUAUUAUCCGAUAUCAGGAGAAUACUAUACUGGUCGGGACAUCACUCUUGACAGCAAGUUGGUCACCACCGUUGAGGUUUGGCAGGUGGCAUACCUCAAUUAUCGUCGCGACGGGCCAAUGAGAGUAGAGUACCAGGUGCUUUGGGUCCAUCCUGACAGAUCCUGCAAAAAGCUUUAUAUGCGCUCAUGGGAACCAAGAGCUAAACUUAUGGAGGACGGUUUCGAAGGAGAGAUGGACCUCGUCGACAGCUGGAAGGCCUCGGAGGUGCCACUGUUUGAGACCUUCUGGAGAGAAGAUGACGUCGGCAUGGGAUUGAUUGGAGCAGACGAAGACUGUUUAUGCGUGUUUAACGCUUUGAGGCGAGCCUCAGAACUAGCAGGAAGGCCAGAUAUCGUCACGCAGCAGGAUAUCGACCAGUUUGUCGACGAUGAACUCAUUCUCUACGGACGUGACCUCAGGCAGGGUGCAAGAUGGAAGGUUGUACUUCGCUUUCUGGGUCGACUUCGAGAUGCUGGUCGCGACUUCGCCUACAACCAGAUUGCCACCACAACCAUGCGAUUCCAGGACGGCGUGGUGCUCAGGUUUUGGAGGUAA